AUGGUGUCGAGGAAGCAAAAGACGAGAACAAGUAAAGCUUCCAACGUUAAUAGUAAGAAAAUAGACGUUACAGAGCAGCUGAAAUCAGUCGCCUCAUCUAAGGAAACCCCCACGGUACAAAUAGAGGAAGUACCAAAAGAUGCUAGUAAAGUACUCAUUGAUAUACCAGAAAAUAAUGACAGCAGUGUAAAUGUAAUGGAUAUGCCUGAACUUGACAAGGAGGAGAAGAAAGUGCUAAAGAAAAGAGGUCGGCCUAAGGGGUCAAAGAAUGGUACGGCUUCUGGAAAAACAAAGGCAGUUAAGAUAAAGGCCUCUUCGCCAAAAAAGGUUGAUAAAAAUAAGAUAGUGAGGGUUAGUAAGCAUCUUACAUCAGUCAAAGAUAAAUUGGUGAGAAUAUAUGGUAAUAACCAAGACAAAUUAUUAGGUUUAGCCAAACAAAAGGAAAAGUUCGAGACAGCAGUCUUUGAUUUUAAAGAAGAGCAGCUUACCCCAUUCAAUCUUAAAUUCAAUAGCAUUGAUUUAAAAUUAAGUGACUUUGCUGCAGUGGAAAUAUCUGAAGAUGAAUUAAAUGAAAUGAUAAAGCUAAAUAAGAAUGAAAUCAAGUUUAACAUUGGCAAUGAUCAUUUUGCAACUAUGAAGAACGAAUACAUUCAGCUGCCGGCCUUCAAUUUUGGAAUACGUCAAGGGUUCAUUUUCAAUACUGGUGGAUUUGUUUCUGACAUGGCAUGGACUAGAUUGCCAGGUUCUGAUAUACAAUACCUAGCUGUAUCAGUUUCUGAUACACAAGAUGCUGCAGACCCCGAUUUGCGAUUAUCAGGGACACCUACGCCUCGUAGUGCCUUAAUCAAUAUCUAUGAAUUCGAUAAAAAUCAAGCUAAAAUGUCUCUAUUUUAUCAACUUGUGCAUGAUGCUGGACUUUCUUGGGACUUGAAAUGGCAUCCUGCCCCAGUCACAGAUGAGAAGUGUAUAGGUAUAUUGACUGGAGUUUUUCAAGAUGGUUGUAUCAAAUUCUUACCAAUAAUGAGGUCAGUCGAGGGACAUAUACAUCACUUACAGAAUCCAUGCAUAAAUAUUAAGGGUCCUGAAUCAGCAAUUACUUCAUUCGACUUCAUAAGUUCAGAUUACAUUGUUUGUGGCUUCCAAAAUGGAUACUACGGAGAGUAUUCCAUUACUGAAAGCAUAUUUUGUAACUACAAACAGUUAUUUGAGUCAUAUGUCAUUUCCACUAUUGCACUAAGGUCGAACUUUGAAAAUACAGCAGUUUGUAUGAGCGCCAUUGAUGGUAACUGCUGUAUUUUUGAUCCAAAAGAUAUCCGAUUAACUAAAACUUUUUCAACAAGAACUCGUGGUAGUAAUACAUUACCUUUAGUAUACAUGCCACAAUUAUACACGGUCUUACGUACAGACUCACUUUCUUCCGUAAAAGCAUUUACUCCAAGGGCUAUUUUUGUUGAUCAUAACAUUUGUCAACAUGAUAACACCGUCGUAUGUUUAGGGUCCUCAUCCCUUCAUCCCAUGCUUUUAUCCGGAAGUGCUGAUGGCAGUUUACUAUUAAACAAUAUAGUAAGGAGAAUGCUUCAGGGACUGAAAAACAAUACAGACAUUUACCGAUAUGUUCGGCUGUGGAAAUGGGACUUCAAUGCGAAGACUAAGCAAUAUAGGUUGAAUCCACAGUAUAAAAUUUUUAAGUUCACAAAUACUGAAACUUCCAAUGUCAAGCUUGAUUAUCCUGGAAUUAAUAUACAAAGUGUGAAGUGGAUUGAAGAGAUGAACUGUGGUAAAUGGUAUUCAUUUGCAAAUGCUGCAGGAUUCGUAGUAGUUGAGAAAUUAGGAAAUUAA